GCAUGGAAAGCAGGCUAUUUGUCUGAUAUCAUCUUCCACUCCCUGGCCUGCUAAGAGUUACUCACUCAGGCAAUCCCUGCUCCACCAGAGGAGAUUGUCCAAUUGCCAAGCAACCCACUGUUGGCCAAUCACGGCGCUCGGAGGUGAUGUCAUGGUGAGAGCCCAGCAGUGGUGCUGAUGAGAGAGAAGCCCAGGGUACCACUAAUUGAAGGAGUGAGGAAGCGAGCAGCUCGCUUCUAACUGGACUGCAGAUUUGUGACAGUGUCCUGUGCUGUGACAGACCUACUCUGUGACUUUUAGUUGGAUUCAUCUCUCACAUUCCAGAAAACAUGACCCUUGCUGCCUACAAAGAGAAGAUGAAGGAGCUCCCACUCGUGUCCUUGUUCUGCUCCUGUUUCCUGGCCGACCCCCUGAAUAAGUCAUCUUAUAAAUAUGAAGGCUGGUGUGGGAGACAGUGUAGGAGAAAAGAUCAAAGCCAGCGGAAAGACAGUGCUGACUGGAGAGAAAGAAGAGAGCAGGCAGACACGGUGGACCUGAACUGGUGUGUAAUUUCCGACAUGGAAGUCAUUGAGCUGAACAAAUGCACCUCGGGCCAGUCUUUUGAAGUCAUCCUGAAGCCGCCCUCCUUUGAUGGGGUGCCCGAGUUCAAUGCCUCCCUACCCAGGCGGCGAGACCCAUCACUGGAAGAGAUCCAGAAGAAACUAGAAGCAGCUGAGGAGCGAAGGAAGUAUCAGGAAGCUGAGCUCCUGAAGCACCUGGCGGAGAAACGAGAACACGAGCGGGAGGUGAUCCAAAAAGCCAUUGAGGAAAACAACAAUUUCAUCAAGAUGGCUAAGGAAAAACUGGCCCAGAAGAUGGAAUCCAAUAAGGAGAACCGGGAGGCCCACCUUGCUGCCAUGUUGGAACGGCUGCAAGAGAAGGACAAGCACGCGGAGGAGGUGCGGAAAAACAAGGAGCUGAAGGAAGAGGCCUCGAGGUAAAGCCCAGAGGCCAAAGAAGUUUCCAGAACAGCCGGACAGCUCCAGCAGCUCCGCAGUUCCCGAGGCAGCCUCGUCCGCCGCGGCUGCUCUCCCAGCACUGGGGUUUGGGGGGAGGGGGGUGGCCAGGGGCGUUUCCUCUGCUUUUGGUGUUUGUACAUGUAAAGAAUUGACCAGCAAAGCCAUCCUAUUUGUUUCUGGGGAACAAUGAUGAGGUGGGAGAGGGGAGAGAAGGAGAGAGGUUGGGAAGGGGAGAUGGAGAAGGACUCAUGGACAUUGCAACCCAGCCCACCGCAGACUCAGGGCGUCUUCGGCUUUUCUUCACAGUGAGCGUCCAGGCCCCAUGUUGAGGGAAGGUGAAAACGGGGCAGUAGAAUUCCAGUGAAGGGCAGAGGCCUGGGGGGCGGUGGCUGCAGGGCGUGGCAGGAGAAGCCCAGGACGGGGUGGGGCCUGGAGGUGCUGCUUCCGCCCCAUGCCAGGCGGGAGGAGGUCCCGGUGUGUGUGUGUUAACCAUCAUCUUUUGAUCAUCAUGACCAAUGAAACAUUUAC